AUGGAAUCUUCAGAAGAACUCUCUGCUUUCAAGAGCUUCCUUUCCGAGGGUCUCGAGGCCCUUGGUCUGGACACAGAAGUCUUCGUUGAGUAUGUAUUGGGAGUGCUCGAGGCGGCGUCAAAAGGAGAUGCAGGAGGGGAGGAGCAACAGCACGAGCUGAAAGUGGAGAUACAGGAGACACUCAGCCUUUCACUGGAUGACCCUUCCCCGCAACGGCAGGAGCAGCUCGACGCCUUCUGCUGCGGCUGUGCGGAGAGAUGGGUGCAUCAGGUGCUUCCUGCUACGGCGAAGCAGCAUCAAAAGCAGCGGCAGCAAGCUCUGGAUGCUGUCUUCUCCAGCAGCACAGCAGGAGCGCCCCAAGCAGUUGAAGAAGCGCCAGAAGAUGAGACCGCUAGGCGUAUCCGGGAGCGAGUGGUGCAGCAAUAUGGUUACGAAAUCGAUGAACUGGUGGAAGAGGACGAGGAAGGGCGGCUACAGCUGCAAAGCAGCAGCAGCGGCAGCAACAAAAAGCCUACAGACGGCCCAGGCAUCUGGUGUAACGAUAACAGGGCACGAGUACAGCAGGCGUCUCAAGCAGCUCGGGCGAGGGCUAAGGCUGAGCAUGAAAUGGAGGUACAACGAAACAAGCAGCAGCAGCUGCUACAGCAGCAACGGAUCGAGAAGGAGAAACAGAGGGUGGCGAAGAAGGAGAGGAAGGCCGGACGCUAG